UCCAGCUCCCAGCCUUCCCUCACGCAUCCCUCUGGCUCCCUGCGGAGGAGGAGCAGCAGCCGUGGGGAAGAUGAGCUGCAACAGGUACCCCGUGGAUGUGAAGGCUGUUGGCUUCAUGCAGUGCAGAAAACAGAAGAACUACAUGAUGUUUGUGUCUUGGUCAGAUCAGAACGACAUUCUCAUCUACAGGACGUUUGAAGACUUUAAGAAGUUCCAUAAAGAGCUGAAGAGAAAAUUCCCCACAGAGAAUGGGUCACUGAGGAGUUUACCCAGGUUUAAAGGUAUAACUAUGCAGCAGAGGAAGGUUGGGAAGCUGAACCGGUGCCUGGAGAUCCUGAAACUGCUGGAAACAUAUUCCCGGGAGCUGCUGAAGACGGAUGUGAAAAUAUCCCGGGGUGAAGAGGUGAAUCAGUUUUUCAAGGCACAGACUCAAGACCUCGAUCCUUCCUUCCCUGAAAACAGUGUUGUGAUCAUGCCAUCAGUAUUCAGAAGGGAGAAAAGCCCCCAGCCCCUCUCCAUCACCCUCCCUCAGGCGUCGCAGAGCUACCGCUGCAUCGAGGCCUUUGAAACCAAAGACACAAAGAACAAACCCUUCACAGUGGCCCAGAAGGAGAUUGUGGAAGUGCUAAUCAAGGACAUGACCGGCUGGUGGCUGGUGGAAAACGCAGACAAGCAGAUAGCCUGGUUCCCAGCCUCGUACCUGGAAGAGCUUGAUGCCUGUGAGGACAUCCAGAAUGCCUUCAGCUCAGACGAGGAGGGCAGCCUGUACUUUGUGGUGCAGGCCUACGAGGCUCAGAAGGCAGACGAGCUCUCGCUGAACCAGGGGGUGGUGGUGGAGGUGCUCAGGAGAUCCCACAACGGCUGGUGGCAGAUCCGGUACAACGGCUGCACUGGCUACAUACCCUCGCUGUGCCUCCGGCCCUACCAGAACCCUCACCGCAAGCUCCAGACCAUCCUGAGCGGCGGCCUCAACGCCUCCAGCCCGAACCUGUGCUCGCCGCAGCCCCGGGGGGAGGCUGUGCCCCGGCCCGGCCCGGCCCGGCAGGAGCACGGCGGCUCUCCGAGGAGCGGAUCCCGGCCUCGGCCCAGGGCCAGCUCCACGCCGCAGCUGGAUUCGGACAGCUCCUCCCUGAGCUCGGGGAGCAGCGGCCCCGGGGACGCGCGCCUGGCCUGGGAGCACGACUUGUCUCGAUCGCUGCCCGAGGUGGAGCAGGCCAGCGGCUCUCCUGCCCCGAGCCGCGGCAGCAAAUCGCCCCCCCUCAGGAACAGGAACGACUCCGGCUUUGUGGAGUCCUCCGCGGCCGAGCUCGGCUCGUCCCCGGCUGACCCUGAGCUGGCCGCGGGUGUCCCCAAGGUGCCGGCCCGUCCCUCGGCCCACGAGAUCCUGCAGCGGUGCAGCACCGUCACCAAGCGCGCCGUGCAGCGAUCGGCUCUGCCGCCGGCCCUCCCCGUCCCCAGCCGGCAUUAG